AAUAACAGACUUGGUAAUGGAGCUCAGGAUUCUCAGAUAACAAAAACGAAUUAAAACAAUUCAUCCCAAGACAUGAGAUGUCAUUGUUAUGCUAACAUCACUGCAUGGUUGCACAAAUACAUUUGAAAUAUUUGCAAAGGAUAUAGCUUAUUUAAGGUGGCUACCCGUGCCAGAGUGACUGGAAUUUAAUUUCAAGACAUGCAACCGCAACUUUACCUCACAGUAAAUAUUGAAGUUAAUGAGUGAAGUGUAAAAAAAUUCAUUAUCCAUAUUAUUUUGUGUUUUACAUACAAUACAUAUUAAUUGCACCCAAAACAUCAAUACAAUAUAGUAGUAAAUACAAAGUACAGAGUUGAAGUCAACAUUUCAUAAAGAAUAUGAAGAACCACCAUGGACAUCUUCAAACAUUAGCAUUAUGCUACCUGACAAAAAUUACGAGAAGGACAUUCACUUUAGUCUACACAGAUUGAUCUCCCAAAUCAACUUAAUCAUUUGAUGCCACAAUGAUCCACCUGAAAAUACUUCCAUUGUACACAGUGCCCAGAAACCAUCUAUUACCAACAAAAUCACUGAAGAACAAAGAAAAAUAAUAUAUAUAUUUUAAUUUUUGCCCAUUCAUCCUUAAGCCUCAAACCCCAAGAAACCCAACCUUUCCUUUUUGAUAUACAUUUGCUGCUAAGCUGCCUUCCAAUUGACAAAAAGAAACAACAACAAAAAAAACCUCCUGUGGUGCUUCUUAUAUCUCAACACAGCCCCUACCACCAUCAUUCACCAUCUUCAUUUCCACCAUCACUACCAUCCUCUCCAUCUUAAGAACGAGGUGGGUAUUGUUCAGGCUGUGGGUGUUUUAGUUUUCAUUUAUAUUUAUUGUUACUUUGGUUUGUUUUUACCAUCACCACCAAGCUCAAUACCACCAGCACUUGCCACCACCACCACCACCACCAACAGCCACACCUUCAUCAUCAGUACCACAAUCCAUAGUGGUAGUGCUCCAGCUGGUAUUAUUUUGACACGUUCAAUUUAAUUAGGUUUCUAAUUUCCCCCCCAUCCAUCCAUCCAUCCAUCUCCACUUUCACCACCACCACAACCAUUCCCAAAAUGGACAUCCCAGAAAACUGGUUAUGGAUGGUAGUUGUAGGAUUUGUCAUUGCCUUUGUUCUGGCAUUUGGCAUCGGUGCUAAUGAUGUUGCAAACUCCUUUGGUACUUCGGUUGGAGCCAAAGUUCUGACUCUAAAACAGGCCUGCAUUCUAGCUACAAUUUUCGAAACUCUUGGAGCCAUUUUGCUUGGUGCACGAGUUUCAGAUACAAUACGGAAAGGCAUAAUAGAUGUGACACCUUACAAUGGGACAGAGGAGGUCCUGAUGAUGGGCAAUGUUGCCAGUGUCACGGGUUCCUGCUUCUGGCUUCUCCUUGCAACAUUCUUCCGUCUUCCAGUCUCUGCCACACACAGUAUAGUAGGGUCUACCCUUGGUUUUGCCCUAGUUGCUCAUGGUUCAAAAGGAGUGAAAUGGUCAAAAUUAGGAAUUAUCAUCAGUUCCUGGUUCAUAUCUCCCCUCCUCUCAGGCCUCGUCUCAACUGGCAUAUUCAUUCUCAUCAGAUACUUCGUCCUCAAUGCUGCAAAUUCUUUGGAACCUGGUUUAAAGUUUCUUCCAAUAUUUUAUGCCUCAACAGUUGCUGUCAAUCUUUUUUCUAUCUUCUUUGAAGGAUCUGAAUUGCUUGGAUUUGACAAAAUCCCUCUCUAUGGUGUCUUCAUCAUUACAUUUGGUGUUGGAAUUUUGGUUGCCUUGGGAGUCUAUUUCCUGUUGGUACCAUAUAUGAGAAAGAAAAUUAUUGCUAAAUGUCAGAAAAUGCACAGUGUUCGGACACCAGAGAACUCUGCUGAAAGCCUCUAUGAAAAACUUCCUGACAAUGUGCCUGAAAUAGAGAUUCAUGCAGGCGAAGACAAGCUCAACUGUGUAUCAUAUAUACCUGAUCCAGAUCGCACAGAAAAUGCAAAUGGUGUCACAAUUAAAUCAGAUGUUGAAAAUGGUGGCUUGGCUGAGAACGGAAAUUUUAAUACUUUAGAUCCAGCUGUAUCCAGUACCCAGGUACUGAACUUGAGUAGUUCUGCAUCUCUGUUAAUUAAGAUAGAUGGAAAUGGGGAGACUAAUGAAACUCCAGCUUCCCAUUCAUCUAAAAGAUCCAGAACAUUGUCAACGAGUGAAGUGGAGAAAAUAAAAGCUCGUCAGCUUGUACAAGAUUCUCCUGAAACUGUUCAACUCUUUUCUUUCCUACAAAUUCUUACUGCUGUUUUCGGCUCUUUUGCUCACGGCGGCAAUGAUGUAAGCAAUGCCAUUGGCCCAAUUGUUGCCUUAUGGAUAAUAGCACGAGAUAGGAGUGUAUUGCAAGCAGCACCGACCCCUCUUUGGAUUCUGUUUUAUGGUGGCUGUGGAAUUUCCCUUGGACUUUGGAUUUGGGGUCGCCGAGUGAUUAAAACGAUGGGUGAAGAUUUAACAAAAAUAACACCUUCCAGUGGCUUCUGCAUUGAAAUUGGAUCUGCCCUAACAGUGCUUGUUGCCUCCAACAUUGGUAUACCAAUCAGUACGACUCACUGCAAAGUUGGUUCUGUAGUGUUCGUGGGAAGGGUUCGUUCCAAAGAGAAUGUGGACUGGUCGCUAUUUCGCAACAUUGUUCUAGCUUGGAUCGGUACCUUGCCUGCCUCAGGGUUACUUAGUGCCUUGAUAAUGUACAUUUUCAUUACUCAUGUUUCGUUUUGAAAAUGG